GUUGGUGGAAAUUGGAAUCAUAAUUCAUAACCCAGUGGACGACAAUUGUGUCUUCUUCACCCUUCAUUCUUUCUUUACUCUUGCUGAUUUGAAGCCAUUAAUCUACCAAAAUCCACACAGCCAUGGCAAACCACCCUAAAUCCAUCAAUGAUUUCACAGUCAAGGAUAGUAAUGGAAUGGAUGUGGAUCUUAGCAUCUACAAUGGAAAAGUUCUACUUGUCGUCAAUGUUGCCUCCAAAUGCGGGUUGACGAAUUCCAACUAUGCCGAAUUGAAUCAACUUCGUGCAAAAUACAAAGAUCAAGGUUUCGAGAUCUUAGCGUUUCCGUGCAAUCAGUUUGGCGACGAGGAGCCUGGAAGCAACGAUCAAAUUUUAGAGUUUGUUUGCACCCGAUUCAAAUCCGAAUUCCCCAUUUUUGACAAGAUUGAAGUGAAUGGCGAAAACAGUCUGUCGUUAUACAAGUUCUUGAAGUCGGGAAAAUGGGGGAUCUUUGGGGACGACAUUCAAUGGAACUUCGCUAAAUUCCUGGUUGAUAAGAACGGACAACCCGUCCAACGUUAUUACCCCACGACUUCACCUCUUACAAUUGAGAGAGACGUGCAGAAACUCAUCGGGCUCCUGGAUGCUUCAUCAUAGGAUCGCAACACGAAGCUUCCUAUGGGUGCUUUGAUACGCAGAUAGGACCUUAAUCUCCCAAUCUCGUCCUGUUUCUUGCUUUUUGUUCCACCUAUUUUGCUUUGACAAUAAAAAAUGCGUUUUUGUCCCA